GCGUGAAGCCCACUCACAAUAUGAUCCCUCCUCCCCUCUGUACAGAUCUGCAUUCAGCUCCAAAAUCCAGGCAAUGUUUUAUGUGCCAGUUACUGCGCUAACUGCCCCGUCUGUGCUUGCCGCACCCCUUUCCCCUCAGUCUCCUCUCUCAAACAGGAUCUCCUGUGCUGAGAUACAGAGUGAUGGACCUGAGUUGGUUUCUGAUCCUACUCCUCUUGGGAUGUGUCCAUUCAUCCUUCCCCUCCAUGUAUGGGGAAAUCACAUCCCCUAAUUACCCCCAAGGAUAUCCCAACAAUGUUGAGGAGACAUGGGAGAUCUCAGUGCCAGAGGGGUUUGGAAUCCAUCUUUACUUCAUUCACCUGGACAUUGAGCCUUCUGAGAACUGUGAAUAUGAUAAUGUGCAGGUGAUGGUUGGAGAUAUAGUGGAAAAAAAGCUGUGUGGACGUCAGUCUGGGAGGUCCCAUAGAAGACCCCUAGAAGAAAAAUAUUUCUACUCCAACUAUUUGAAGCUCCUGUUCAAAUCUGACUUCUCCAACCAGCAACGAUAUACUGGAUUUGCAGCUUACUACAGAGCUGUGGAUAUCAAUGAGUGCCAGGAAAGCACAGAAACUGUCUGCUCUCAUUUCUGCAACAAUUACAUUGGAGGCUAUUUCUGCUCCUGCCCUCCAGAAUAUUUCCUUCACCCAGAUAACCACACUUGUGGGGUGAAUUGCAGUGGGGGACUGUUUACGGACAUACAGGGGAUGAUCAGCAGCCCUGGAUUCCCGUCCCCAUACCCUGAGAAUACCCGCUGUGAAUACAAAGUGCAAUUGGAACAUGGGUUUGAGGUCGUCAUCCAUUUCCAAGAAGACUUUGAUGUUGAGGAAUAUGGAGAUGGGAGCUGCUCUGACUCGCUAACUAUAAAAGCUGGGACACGCACAUUUGGGCCUUUUUGUGGUAAAAGUCCCCCAAAUCCUUCAGUCAUUGAGACAGGCAGCAAUGAGGCCGACAUUAUAUUUCAAACUGACAGCGGCGGGGAGAAUACAGGCUGGAAGGUUCGCUACUAUGGGGAUGCCAUACAGUGCCCCGUGCAGGUCAUCUCAAACUCUAUUCUGGAUCCUCAGCAAGAGAAAUAUGUCUUCAGGGAUGUGGUGAACGUGACAUGCGUGGAGGGUUAUGAGAUUGUGAAGGACCAGAAAACUCUUAGAUCUUUUAUAUCCACCUGCCAAGGAGACGGGACCUGGAAGAAUAUGCACUUCCAGUGCCAACUGGUGAAUUGUGGGGAACCUGAUCCUAUUGACAAUGGUAAUGUCUUCUCCAACACUACCACUUAUGGCUCAGAAAUCACAUACAACUGCUCAGAUGAAUACUACGCCCUAACUCUGCCUGCCGGUGAAGAUGGAACCUACAGCUGCUCAUCAUAUGGAUAUUGGGUCAAUAGUAGAGGAAAUAAGGAACUUCCUAUAUGUACCCCAGUUUGUGGGGUCCAUCAGUCUGACAAAAGUGGCCGGAUAUUUGGUGGCACUAGAGCUAAACCUGGGCAGUUUCCAUGGAUGAUCCAGUUCACUGACAUAGAAUUAGGCGGCGGUUCCCUAAUAUCUGAUCGGUGGGUCCUGACAGCUGCUCAUGUGGUGAAUAAGAAAAUCUUCCCAACGAUGUUUGGGGGUGUGAUGAAGUUUUUCCCGAACACUAAUUUACAAUCCCAGGAGAAAAGACUGCAGGCCAAGAAAAUUAUUAUUCAUCCUCUUUAUCAGGAUAAUGAAGAUACUGAAGGCCAAAGUAACUUUGACAACGACAUUGCUCUGGUCCAACUGACUAAGAAAGUCAAACUGGGCUCAUGUAUCUCUCCCAUUUGUCUUCCAAGGAGGGGACUUGCCCCCGUCGUUAAUGAGGUUGCCACUAUAGCAGGAUGGGGUAAAACUGAAAAGAGAGAAUCUGCAGUUAAUUUGCAGUUUGCGAGUAUUUCUCUCAGCUCCAUGGAUAAAUGUAAGAAGGCGACUGGUGGAAAGGGUUAUUUCACUCCAAACAUGCUGUGUGCAGGAUCUGAUGUAGGGAAGGACAGUUGCAAUGGUGAUAGUGGGGGUCCACUCAUGUUCACUGACCCACAGGACAGCAGCAAAAUGUAUAUGGCUGGCAUUGUGUCCUGGGGCCCACGGGACUGUGGAACCUAUGGCCUUUACACCAAGGUGGAUAAUUACCUUGACUGGAUUGAGGAGACAAUAGCAGCGGUGGAGAGGGAAGAGCAGGAGGAGGUGGAGACACAGGUGGUGUGUGAGUGAGUGUUGCUCUCCAGAGAGACAGUCAUGACAUUGAGACAGUCAUGACGUCACGUCGGAGCCAGACUGCACCUUGUAUACUACAGAUAUCUCCUUAUACCCCAGAGAAUACUUCCUGUUGAACUGAAGCAACAGAAUGGAUAAUUAAAGCAAAUACAGUUCUUCUGUGCUCAGAUACAUUGGGAAUCGCACUAUAUACGCCUAUAACGCAAACUCAUCAUGGAGCAUCACAGUACCCAUCAUUCUGUAACUUCAUUUCAUUCAUUCGUUUAAAGGCCAACUUGUGCCAUGUUAUGUUAUAUACAAUUGUAUUUCAUAUAUAAUAGUUUUCCUGUUUCUUUCUUUCCUAGACAGCUCCUAUAAACUGACCCAUGUCUAAGCUGCCAGUGUCUGUGAGGCUUUCUGGCCACAGCCUUCCUUUUUACCCCCCAUAGUCCUUCUAUUAUGUUACAAUAGAAAGGGGCUAGAAAUGGUUUGCUCCAAAGUAGGUAUAUGUAAAAUUGUAAUGUCCUUUUAAUACAUUUCAGCAAAAUG